AUGCCAAUUAAACUUAGGUUCAAUGGCGAAGAUCCAGUCAGAGGACAAGUUCUUGACAGAAAAACUCCAGCAACUUUCGGAAAGAAGUCAUUUGAUUCAGAUGAUUCUAAGAAAAUUGCAAAUUAUGAUUAUUAUCUUUACGGAUACAAUGUUCUUAAGUUGCAAGAAGGAACAACAAUUGCAGGAGCUAAAAUCCCUGAUGGCUUGAAAUAUAAUGAAAUCUGUGAGCAUAUCAAACCAUUUAGACCUUUCUCACUCAGUUCGGGUAAAGGAUUAGUUUCUGGCUGCUAUUAUGUCUCUCCCAAAUAUCUCAAAGAAGGUGACAUAAUCAUUGAUGGCGCUGCUUCUCGUCUCUUCAAAGAACUCAAUUUGGAAGGUGUCAAGAGAUUGGUUAGAAACAUGGCUGUUUGCCUUGUCAACAAAUGGAGAACUAUCGCAGAGACUGGUCACUAUGAGAAUAUGCCACCUAUUUCUAUUAAUGAAUUACCUCCAAUUCCUGAAGAGAUACCUGCUCCAAUGAAAAAAUUCAAACCAAUUGAUUUGGUUUUCAUAUAUGAUUCAACUAAAUCCACAGAGAAAAUCAGGGAUUUGAUUAAGUUCCAGAUCAAAAACGCCAUCGAUUGGUUCAAAGAAACAAAUGCCGAUGUCAAAAUUGCGGUAAUUGCAUUCAGAGAUUUGAUUUACGCAAAGAAAUUGAAUAAGAGUAUUGACAAGAAUGAUACCGAAUACAUUAAUUUCCAAUCUAUUGAUAGAGCCGAUGAAUUGGUCAGUGCAAUAGAGUCUAUCCCAUGCCAAGGAGGAAUGGGAGAUGGUCCAGAAGAUUGGAACUCAGCAUUCAAGGCGUACUUCAAGCUAGAUUUCAGAAAAGAAGCUGCACAAAUCAUCUUCUUCAUCACAGAUAGUGGAGCUCAUCAUCCUCAUUUCCAUUCCAAGCCUGAUAAUGAAUUUGCUGCAAAACAAUUUGCUGAAGGUAUAUCGAAGUUCCGAACUGAUGAUGAGAGAUACUCAAUUGAUUAUUUCAUUGGACCUAACGAAACAUUGAAUCAGAUAGUUCAAUUGAAAGAAUACAUUAAGAAAUUGGCCGAACAAAAUCCAUUCUGGAUAUUAUGUCCAUUUGGAUAUUCUGCAUUCUAUCCAAUGGAAAAACUCUACAGGAAAUUAAAACAUAAUAAUCCAAGUACAAAUUGCAUCAAUAUAACGUUUAAGGGCUACUGUCCAAAGAAAAGAUUGGAAAAUUUGAACAAGAAUUUUUAUAAAAUCAUUGAUAUCGAAAGUGAUACAACAUAUGCAAAUUCUAGAACUGAUCCACUGGAGAAUUUGUCUGCACAAGACAUAGGUAAGAUCUUCGAGGAGAUCUUUACUCAAACGAAAUUAUUCAUUGAAAAUACAACUAUGUUUUAA